UGGCUGUAAUUAGAUUCGGCUCCUUCUCUCUCUCUCUCUCUCUUUCUCGAAGCCACAGAUCAACUCUCUGUAAACUUCUCCUUCUCUCUCUGGGCUUCUUUGCAAGAUCGUGAUGUGCAUUUCUUAUCUAUUUUUAAUCUCGUUACUUCUCGGCCCCUCAGCUUGGGCUGAUUCUAGUGGUUCAGUGUUCUUCAUCGACAACGCAAAGUAUCAGUAUCUUCGAACUCCACCAUUAAACGAUGUCGCGAAGUUUCAGUCUCAUGCAAUGCUGCUCCCUGAAGUUGGUGCUGCUGUGUCGAUCUUGCUUGGUUUUGCACCGCUUACCACACUUUCAGCAGAUAGCUCAUCCAAGUUGAAUGCUGUUCUUGCACCUAAUCCAUUUGAUAGGCCUCGGGCUGUUUUUAUGCUUGAGGUGACAGGAGUUGACGAUCCACAUCUCAUUCGUAAAACCGAGAAUACUAUUUUGAGCAACGCCUUUAGAAGUGAUGUGGUUCCUCAUUCGGAUAAAGGCAACAUUCAACUUUCUGAUGAGGAUGAAAUCUCAGUGGUUUAUUUGGAUGAUCCUUUAUCAGACUGUACAGACAAAGAAAUUAGUGAUUUCGCAUCUUGGUUGAGUGGAUCUUAUGAGCCUAGUGCCGUGGAAGCCCUGAGCGGAGUGUUGAGUAUCCCCUUGGAAAAUGGCAUGAGUUUGAGUCUUCAUAUGUCGAAGAAGUCCGACAGGGAUUUUACCUCAAGUCUUCUUGCUCUAUCUCACAAUAUCAGAAGAGCAGUGGAUCUGCAUGAAGAUUUGUCUCAGAGCAUUCAAAGACAUGCCGAGUUGCUGAUUGGUCAUUUCAAUGGAAUAAAAGUAUCUGUUCUUUUCCUUGUUUCAUUUGUUUUCUUUUUCUUUUUCUUUUCAUUUUCUUCUUUUUUGAGUUUCCACAACCACAAGGUAGAAAGUUACUCAAUAAUAUUUUCACAUAAUAAAUGAGAAAUGGAAUUGCAG